UCGCCCGUGAAACCAAGACAACAGCUGCGGGUUCUGCGCGAGCGGGCGGAGCAGCGCCGGGAGCUCGAGCGGAGUGAGCGUGGGGCGGUGGCGGCCUGCGAUUGUGAGAUGGGAACUGAGAACAAGGAGGUAAUUCCCAAGGAAGAACUUUUUGAAGAAUCUGAACCACGUGGGGCAAUAUUAGAAAAACUUCCAAAGGAGGUUUACCAGGGUCACGAGUUUGAAGACAUGUUGGAGGGGCAUUCAAGAGAUUCCACAGAAGAGAUUAUGGAGCAGAUGUCUCCACAGGAAAGAGACUUUGCAUCAGGGUUGAUUAUCUUUAAAAAAUCACCCUCAGGUGAGAAAAACCAGGAGAAUAGUGAGAGUGGGAGAGUCUGCACUCCCAGCCCGAAUCUGAUCACACAUCAGGGAGAUACUAUCGCAGAGGCAGUUAGUACAUUUGCUACCUCUGGUCAAAAUUUCAUAGAGAAUUUAGAACCUAACAAAACACAGAAAAGUUCUGUGGGAGAAAAGCCUCAUACGUGUAAAGAAUGUGGGAAAGCCUUUAAUCAGAACUCACAUCUUAUCCAGCAUAUGCGAGUUCAUAGUGGCGAAAAACCCUUUGAAUGCAAAGAAUGCGGAAAAACAUUUGGAACUAACUCAAGCCUUCGAAGGCACUUGAGAAUUCAUGCUGGAGAGAAACCUUUUGCUUGUAAUGAAUGUGGAAAGGCCUUCAUUCAGAGUUCCCACCUUAUUCACCACCAUAGAAUCCAUACUGGAGAGAGACCUUAUAAAUGUGAGGAAUGUGGUAAAGCCUUCAGUCAGAAUUCAGCCCUUAUUCUACACCAGAGAAUCCACACUGGAGAGAAACCAUAUGAAUGUAAUGAAUGUGGGAAGACCUUUAGGGUUAGCUCACAGCUUAUUCAGCAUCAGAGAAUACAUACUGAAGAAAGAUACCAUGAAUGCAACGAGUGUGGCAAAGCCUUCAAACAUAGCUCAGGCCUUAUCAGACAUCAGAAAAUUCAUACUGGAGAAAAACCGUAUCUGUGUAAUGAAUGUGGGAAAGGCUUUGGUCAGAGUUCUGAGCUUAUCCGGCAUCAAAGAAUUCAUACAGGGGAUAAACCCUAUGAAUGUAAUGAGUGUGGGAAAACUUUUGGUCAGAACUCAGAGAUUAUUAGACACAUUAGAAUUCAUACGGGUGAGAAGCCCUAUGUAUGUAAGGAAUGUGGGAAGGCCUUUAGAGGGAACUCAGAACUUCUUAGACAUGAAAGAAUUCACACUGGAGAGAAACCUUAUGAAUGCUUUGAGUGUGGAAAGGCUUUUAGGCGAACCUCUCACCUUAUUGUCCACCAAAGAAUUCAUACUGGAGAGAAACCUCAUCAGUGUAAUGAAUGUGCGAGAACCUUUUGGGAUAACUCUGAGCUACUUCUCCACCAGAAGAUUCAUAUUGGAGAGAAACCUUAUGAGUGUAAUGAGUGUGAAAAAACAUUCAGCCAGCACUCCCAGCUUAUCAUACACCAGAGAAUUCACACUGGAGAGAAGCCUUAUGAGUGCCAAGAGUGUCAGAAGACUUUUAGUAGGAGCUCACAUCUCCUCCGGCAUCAAAGUGUUCACUGUAUGGAAUAAUCUGCAAAAUAGGAAAGCUUUCUCUGGAAAAGCUAAGUCAGACUUAUUGUUCAUAACUGCACCCCAAGUCUUCAGAUCAAAUGAAUGGACACAUCUUCUCUGUCUUGAUUUUUAUUUAAAAACGAUCAAAAAGGGUGAGGCACUUUUAUGAACUAUUCCUUGAAAAGUGUCAAUGUACUGAGUUAAAUCAUAAAAGCUGUUUCAGGCCUUAAUUCUCUUCUGCCCCCUUUUACUUUUCUCUCUUCCCUCUUCCUCUAGUGGCUCACAUGUUAGGGUCUAUGCCAUCGAUCCAGCCUGAGUUGUUUAACUCCUCAGGAAAGAGGGAGGAAUGGGAUGCCACUGCCAUAAUCUAAGAAUGACAGAAUCGAUUCAUUGUUUCCCUCUGAAAUGUCAGGAACUGGUGGGCUAGAAGAUCCAACUCAUGCUCCUGUCCACUGUUUAGCAUGAGAAUAAUUUAGUAAGCUUUUAUUAGUUUUCAGAAUUUUCCCAACAUGCUAUCCAGUUCCUUUACAAGAUGCUAGCAUUAAUGAAGACGUGGGAAACUUGGGUCAUUUCACAUCUGCUAGGGUUCCUCAUCUGAAAAGGGUGUCAUAGUAGAGGAAACUGCCAGACAAUUUAUAGCAUUGUAAGCAAAGGCCCUUAGAAUCAACAGGGGCUGGCUAGGCGAGGCCAGGGGAUAAAACGGUAAGGCCAGACUACUCAGCAUGGGUAGAAGCAGCAACUUAGCAGCUGUUCCCCACUUAGGGCUGCCCAGACUGACUGCACCCAAGAACUCUGCUGCAUUCACUUUAGACCACAGCUGUUGUUGCUGCUGACAGAUCCUGUGUCAGGAAGCAGCAGAAAAGACUGCAGCUUCCCUGUCACCAGGCACCUGCCACAGUGAUGAGCCUGUUCAUCUGACUGAUGAGGGCCUUGCCUUGCCAAAGCACUUAACUCAUGACUUGGACUCCGCUGCCAGGAACACUGGCUGAUAGGCGAGGAGGCCUCUCUCACUUUGCCCUUGUCUCUUCAACAUCUCUACAUGAGUUUUAUGUGUUCUCCUAUGUGUUAUUUCUUUUUGGGGGAAACAUCCUUAAUUUUUUACAUCCAUAUUUCUGAGGCAAGUGGGGGUAGUAGUGGGAAUUGUACUAAUAGGGACAGAGCAGACCUUGCUAAGGUACUUCAUAUGCUGGUUCCUAGCUUUCUCAUCUGUAAAAUGAGGGGAGUUGAAUUAAAUCAUCUCUGCAGUUUCAGCCAGCUCAGCAAUUCCUUAAUUCUUAAAAAAAAAAAAAAAAAA